AUCUGUGUGCCUGCUCACAAUCACAGGGAGAGCGUGUUGGAUACUGGGCAGCUUGCUGUUCCUCAGGAUGGCUUCUGGAAGACUAAUUAAGCUUGUGGUUUUUGAGAUUCUCGAGUUUGCUGCUUUUUCCAUCCCUAUACUUGUGAUUAUGGAACAGUUUGCCACUGCCUACCACAAGGCAAGGAAUAUGUCCGAGGGAACAUGGUAUUGGCUGGUUGUUUCCUGUUCUAUUGCUUACGUGGCUGUAGUGACUCUGUUGAUCUGGAUUCCCAUAAAAGUUCUUUUAUACAAGAAACAUCAUCUUUACCAAAAAAUUACUGGAUGGAGACCCGUUCUGAUGAUGUGCGUAUUACUCACCACACUUCCCAGCUUCAGCUUUUCUAUAGCAGUGACUGAGGUGCAAAGGAAGAGCAAUGAGUCUGCUGUUUUAUUACCUGACUCCCUCCCAGACUUCCCUGUGUCUCUGGUUAUGCUCUCCUUGAUCGUGGUUGACAUUAUUGAAAAGCUCAGGAUGUAUCCUCUUAGAGGGAGGGAAGUGAGUAACGAAGACAGGUACAUCCACACAACCACUUUGCAACAAAUAAAAACUGUGACCGAGCAAGUGGGACAGAGUGAAGGAAACCCUGCACUUUCCCAGGCAGCCAAGACCACCGGACUAUCACAGCGGCUGAGCCACGUCGCCCUGGGACCCCGGGAGCCCUCCUUCGAAUCUGGGAUCCUGAAGACAAUGUCUCAGAGAGAUGCCCGGGCAGUGAUAGUCCUCUGGAGCUUUCUGUGGUGGUCUGAUACAAUAGAGAUGGUGCGUGUGGCUGGUAACUCCAGCGUGUACAAGUCAGGCUGGCUGUACCCAGUCUACAUAUUCAGUUUUCUUUCUGUGGUUCGAAUGAUAUUCACUCCUCAAAAUCCUGUUCUCAAUUCCUUGAGCAUCCUGCUCCAGGACUUACCCUUUGUUUUUGUUAGAUUUAGUUUAAUCAUUGCUUUGGGGACCGUCACUCCUGUAUUAGGCCUUUGUAAAAAUGUACUAGUGACUCUUUCUUACAUUUACUUCAAUUAUUUAACCAAAUUCAGGCCUUUCUCUAGCUUUGAAACAUCUCUGUCUUAAAGAGAAAAUGUAAGAUAGCCAGAAUUCUUCAUUAUGGUUGUAUGAACACAUCAAGUAAUUUAUUUUCCUGGGCUUAAACUUUGGCACUAUAUAAAUAAAUAGAUUGUAGUGAAUAUAUCAUUUUUAAUAACUAGCUUAAGUGUUUUUUAUGUUUACACAUGGUGCUAAAUUUAAACAAAGUUAUAUUCUUACAAAUUUCUCUGUAGGCCUCUAGAAAAUGUUAGCAACUAACUUUAGUUAUAUAUAUUGGAAUUUUUUUAAACCUGAGAAACAAUCUUUAAUGAAGCUUUUUUAAAAACUGAGAGCAUGUUUUCCCUGUAAGUUAAAUCAAGAAAGAGACUUUUUAGAAAAUAACACCUGAAUUUAUUGAAAAGUUUUAGAUUAUUCUUGUUUUUUAAAAGUCUGUAAAUUAUAAUUUCAGGAUUGCCUUUUUAAAAUUUUUAUUUUUUAAAAUUCUCGAACAGACUCAUAUAUGCACUUUUUGAGCUGUUUGAUUUGCAUUUGGGUUUGUUGUUGUUGUUGUUCAGUUAGUUUUUUGAUUUUGUUUUUUUUUUUUUUUUCAAUGCUAGGGAUCAAAUCUGGGGCCUUGUACAACUAGGCCAACACCCACCACUGAGCUGCAUCCUGAGCCCAAGAGCCAUGUUCUUUAUUCUGUGUUUGCAAGUAACUUUUAUUUCAUUGACUAAUUUCAGAAAGCAAUUACUUCAACAGGUAUUUGACUCAGCAUAAGGCUUAGCUAUUUUGCUAGUAUUCCAGCACUGACAUGAAUGCUGGUUAGCAUAAUGAAGUCAAGGUGCAUCAAUACCCAGGUAAAGUUUUACAGUAGGAAGCCAUAAAAUGAAGAUGUAGACUAUAAAAAUAUUUUAUUUGUGAAAUUGAGUGCUAUUUUUAUUUGUAAAAAUAAAGUCUAGUACAAGCCCUAUUUAAAAUUCUGAGUUCAAUUUACAAAUAUAUUAAGACGAAUGCCUUAUCUAUUACUGUAUCAUGGAUAUUGAUGCCCUAAAAAUCAUUAAAUACGUAAUCACAGAAUUUGCCUUUGCUACACUGGGACACUGAUACAGAAGAGUAUGAAUUCUUCAAACAAUAAUGAUGAAUUGCAAGUGUUUUAAUGGUAUCAUCUCCAAGAAACACUUCCUAAAUAUAUUGCUUUAUUUUUCUUGUUUUAUUCUUUUCUGUAUCCCUGCUUACCUUCUAGAAUAAUACUUUAAAUCUUACCUUUGUGAAAAAUAAUACGGUCUUUUUUUGCUUCUUUGUUUUGUUUUUUGGUACUGAAAACUGGUCCCAUGGAGGGCUGAGCUGCAUCCUCAGCUCUUUUCACUCUUUGAUGGGACUUUGCUAACUUGGCCUUGAACUUGUGGUUUUCCUGCCUUAGUCUUCUCAAUAGCUGGGUUACAGGUGUAAGCCGCUGAACCAAGAAAUUAUAGCACUUUUUAAAGACUUUCAUCUUGUUUUUACUUUCUUGGGUUUCUCGUUAAUCUGUAAAUACAUUAACUAAGGGGAAGCCUGAGGGCAUUUGAUUUCACAGUGAGUCUUUACCUUCAUAGGCUGGUUCUAUGGGUAUAAUACUCAUGUUAAAAAUAAAAAUAUUUAAUGAAAAUAAUUUCAAGUUCUUCCUUGGUAAUCUUUAUUUUAAUUAAGAAGAGCAUAUCAGUAAGUGAUUAAUAUGUAAUGUUUCUGUAUGUGAAAUAUUUCUCAUAAGUGUAUGUUUAUGUUACAUUGGUAUGUAUAAACAGUGCUCAGAGAAACAGAAAUAUUGCUCGAGUUUAGAAUGCAUUUUGUGCUCAAUAUUUGAAAAUGAAUGUGCCUUAUAUUUUAGGAGUGGCAAUACUACAUAAGUAAUGAAGGCGUAUACCCAAGAUUAUGUGUAGGAGAGUGUUGAGUAUCUAAUUUAACUUGAUUGUACACUUGUUUACAAAGGUCAAGCCAAUGGCAUUUAGUAGACAUUACAGCUAGUUAUCCCGAGCACUGUUAAUUCUAGACUAUGUAAUUGAAAGUUAUGUUAUUAAAAUUAUAUUGCAAUUCUCAUAACUUCUAAAGAUUGUUGGUAUUAAGGUUCAUGUACCUUUUUUGUCCUGAUAAACAGUUUAGUUUUCUGCUCCAUAAAAGUAGGUGUGUAAAACAUAGCUGAGUCAAUGAUAGGACUAUGACAUUUUAUCCCAAGUAAAAUUUGGAGCCCAACUGACAAUACAUCCUUAUUAAAUGUUAAUUUCAUUCUAAAGUUAGUUGUUGAAGGAUAUACUUACAAUUUCUUCUGUGAUCAGACUAUUUUGUAUUAUCUAAAUUUUUUAAUAAAAAUUCUUUCAUAGA